AAAAAUAAUGCUUAAAAGCGUAAACUUAAAUAAAAACACACAGAGUUGUUUAAAGAAGAUGAUACAAGUAAUAUGUAUCUAAAAUUUUGUAAAGUGGGUGUAAAAGUUGAUAAACGUUUAUGCCAAAAACCCAUGUAGAAUUAAAUGAAUGCAAUGGCACCCUAAAAUAUUAGCGGAUUUCAAUUAACAAAUCAACAGUUAAUUAGCAGCAGAAGCACGUGUUAGCAUCACUGGAAACGUACGAAAAAUAACACGGGAGCAACAAAUUCUGCGGAAAAAUUUUAAGAAAACUUGGUAAAAUGUUAUAUAGUUAAUUUAUUCUAAAGGAAGCAGUAAAUGAAUUCUUAAUAAAGCUACAAUGAUGUAAGAAAAGGCAAAGUGUAAAUGGUAUGAGAAAUAAAGUAAAAUAAAAUCGAACGUAAAAAAGGAAAUGUGCAGAACAGUAACUAGCGCCAGUGAAGCGCCCAAGUUCUUCUCGGUCGAUCGGAAUAGAAAAAAUAAAACCUUUAUAAAAUCGUAUUUGAAUUUACAAUGUUUUUUGAAAAUGUUUAAAGAAAAUAUACUUUGUAAUAAGAGCAAUUAAAAAUUCUAGUUUGUUUGAAAUUAAAAAAAAAGCAAUCGUGCCAAUAUAUACAAUCAACACCAACACAACCAAUUAACAAACAACCACCAAUUUUUAACUAAAGAAAAGAAAAAAUACCCGCCCACUCUCGGGACUUCUAAUCCUGGAUUUUAUUUUAGCAAACCAUGUUCUUCCAUUAAAUUGUUCUCCUACUUGUCUGCUCUCAAAGAAUAUGAUUCCAAAAUAAAAUGCUGCAGUUUUAUUCGAAUUUUCUUGUGUAUUUAGGCAUCUCGAUGAUGUUACGAAUAUUGAGCUUAUCAGAGGCUUUCAUUUUGCCGCCUGAAAGUCAUAAAAUCGACUGCGAAUUUUUUAAUGAGACUAAUUGUACAGAAAAAGGCGAUUGCGCUACCAAAGUGGAACACUGCGAAACUGAAUCGGAUAAAUUAUCGGAUUGCUACGUAUUAUGGUCCAUUGAUAAAGUAACAGGUGAAGUCCAUAUUAAAAUGAAGGGUUGCUUUACUCAGAUAGAUGAUUGUAAUCAAACUGAAUGUGUUACAAAUUACACACGAUCGGGUAACUAUUAUUUUUGCUGCUGUAGAGGAUCAAUGUGCAAUACGGACCAGAGAUGGGAACCCCCUACCACCGAGGCAACAACACCAGUGCCAAAAGCAAAGACACCGGAAGAUAAUGAUCUGAUAUACAUCAUUAUUUGUUCAGUUAUACUGGCAGUAUUAAUAAUUAUUACUGGCAUCGGUUUAUUUUUAUACCGAAGGCGGAAACAAGCUCAUUUUAAUGAAAUACCAACGAAUGAAGCUGAAGUAAACAGUUCGUCGCCUUUGCUAAGUAAUCGGCCUAUACAGCUACUGGAACUUAAGGCUAGCGGACGUUUCGGAGAUGUUUGGCAGGCCAAGCUACACAAUCAAGACGUGGCCGUUAAGAUAUUUCGCAUGCAAGAAAAAGAAUCUUGGAAUACCGAAUUGGAAAUUUACAAAUUGCCUCGUAUGCAUCAUCCGAAUAUAUUGGAAUUUUUAGGUCAUGAAAAGCAUAAAGAUAAAAUGCAACCGGAAUUCUGGUUAAUUUCUGCCUAUCAACACAAUGGUUCGCUGUGUGAUUACUUAAAAUCGCACACAAUCUCUUAUAGCGAAUUAAGUAAAAUUGCCAAGACAAUGGCUUGCGGUUUAGCUCACUUGCACGAGGAAAUACCUGCCACGGAUACUGAAGGUCUUAAACCGUCCAUUGCUCAUCGGGACUUUAAAUCGAAAAAUGUCUUACUAAAAGCGGAUUUGACCGCAUGUAUAGCCGAUUUUGGUUUGGCUAUGAUUUUUGAACCGGGAAAAUCAUGUGGCGAUACUCACGGUCAAGUAGGCACAAGACGUUAUAUGGCUCCGGAAGUUUUAGAGGGUGCCAUCAAUUUCAAUCGGGACGCUUUCUUGAAGAUUGAUGUUUAUGCUUGCGGUUUGGUUUUAUGGGAGAUGGUUUCAAGGUGUGACGCUGUAGAGCCUCCUGCCGAAUACUUGUUGCCAUUUGAGGCUGAGCUUGGCCAAGGGCCGACCCUAGAGGAAGUACAAGAAAAUGUUGUAAUGAAGAAAUUGCGUCCACAAAUUUUAAAUUCGUGGCGUUCACAUUCGGGUAUCAGUAACAUAUGUGAUACUAUGGAAGAAUGUUGGGAUCAUGAUGCAGAGGCUCGUUUAUCCUCUUCGUGUGUAAUGGAAAGGUUUUCACAACUCAAUAAAUAUGCACUCACACAACUAUUGAUAGAAAACAAUAUAAACAGCGUCGAUGCAAGAGAUACAAGCAGCUGUUUAUAGAAAAGGUAUUAAAUCACUCUUCCUGCCCUUUAAAAAUAAGGGAAGACAAGCUGUGAAGGAAGAGUGAUUUUCUUUGUUAUUCUUACAAAGCGCGCCACCACUCAUGCAAAUUAAAUCGUGAAAAAAUAAUCAAUGAUAUGUGUUUCGACAAAAUUCUUGAGUCCACACUUGAAACAGAUUUUUAAAAAUAAUUUCUAGUAUAUAUUAAGUUUAAAUAAAGUUAUUAUUAUUUUUAUAGAUUACUCUUAAGAUCACGAGAAAGAAGGAGCUGAAGGAUUAUGAGAAAAAAUGAAAACAUAUUUAUUAAGCAAAAAGUUAAAGUAAGCGGAGUCGAAGCGAAUUAAUUUCAAAUAUAUAUAUAUAAAAAUGUUUAGUAUAGAGUUAGGAAAAGUGAGAAACAUUUUAGAGAAGACAAAUUCAUUGACGGAUAUCCUCACGACUUACACCUACCCUACACCUUUAAAAUAAAAGAAAUCAGAAAAACAAAUUCUCAAAAGCUCUCUCUGAUAAGAUUAUGUCCAGUAAAAGAGAAAACAAAACUCCUGUUUCCUAAAUAAAUCAUUUGCCAUGUCUACCAGGCCCUUGCUUCACAUUUUGUAAGGGCCUAUCCAUAUAGCUAAAAACUACAUACAACCGAAUACGUUUUUUAAAAAUUACUUUUGUUUUGUUUAUUUCAAAUUAAGUUUGAUUUCUUAUUCAUUAAGUUAUGUUUUGUGUAAUUAUUUUGUUUAGCGAGAAAGUUUAUACUUUUUUCUAAUUUGUUUUUAAUAAAUGAUUUUAAUUUUUUUCUUAUACAUUUAUAAUUAAUUUCCUUUUGCCAUUAUUAGAUUUGCCGUUAACAUUAUCUUAUUUAUAGUUUAUGGGAGUGGAGUUUAAAGGAGUUUAGGGUGAGAAUUCGUUCGUUCAUUACGGCCGUUUCAUACUGAAGAAGUGUGAAAAAAUAUUUGCCCUAAUAAAAGUUCUCCUAAACCGCUUCUCGUUACAUUUAAAAAAAAAAAAAAAUUUCAUAUGUAUGUAUGUAUGCUUUCUUUCUUUUAUGUUUUCUACACCUUUUUUUUUUUUUCUUUAUUUUCUUUAAAUUUUUUCAUUUCUUCGUCUACUGAAAGUACAAUGUUUUAACUGUCACACAUUUCUUAAUUUGAAAUUGUGUUUCAGUUAAUUAACACAUCAAAUAUUUAAAG